AUGGAGGACCUACCCGUUCCCGACGCGCCGAAUGCGCCCGCCGACGGCGCCGCGAAACAGUCGGAUCAGAAAGCCGCCUUGACGCCGCCCACAAGCGAGGACAUGGACCGAGGCAAGCGGGAAGGCUCGUCGUCCGAGCUGUCCGAGCUCGAGCUCGAUGACGAAGAAGACAUUGGUGAAAUCGAGCCCGACCACUACUGGGGCGAUGGGAACAUCCCCGUCUUCAAGCCGACCAUGGACCAAUUCCGGAGCUUUAAGAAGUUCAUCGAUAAGAUUGAUAAGUACGGCAUGAAGUCGGGAAUCGCCAAGGUCAUCCCGCCCAAGGAAUGGCGCGAUUCGCUUCCGAACCUCGACGAGGCUGUCAAGAAAAUUAAAGUCAAAAACCCCAUCACGCAGGACUUCUCCGGUUCUCGCGGCCAAUACACCCAGCAAAAUGUUGAAAAGCAAAGGUCGUAUAACCUGCCCGAGUGGAAGGCUUUAACCAACCAAUGGGAACACCGUCCUCCCGCAAAGCGUGGCGAACGUCGUGGUGAUGUACCUGCACCCACCAGGACAAGAACUACGCGCAACCGGGAAGCCAGUGUGGCUACACCACCCACUGAACCCGGCGUUAAGAGAACACGGGGAAGGCCUCGGAAAAACCCUCCGAAAGAAGUGAAGAAGGAGGUGGAGGAAGACUCGUCCGUGAUCGAGUCUGUCGAGCACGUCGAGACACAACCCCCGACUCCUUCAUCGCCACCGGACGAACCGACUGCAGUUAACAAGAAGGUCGCUAAUCUGCAGAAGGCAGCUGGCGAUGGGUCUCCGAAGCCAAGAGGUCGCCAACCAAAGUCAAUAUCGUCACGCCGAAAGCACAAUAGGGGAGAGACAACCGACGAUGUUGACGAGCAAGCGUUCAGCAAUUUCGAUUAUCACCUCGAAGGCGUUGAGGAGUUCACGCCCGAACGAUGCGCUGAGCUGGAGCAAAACUACUGGAAAACAAUUAAUUUCGGUCAGCCCAUGUACGGGGCCGACAUGCCUGGUUCGCUCUUCGAUGAAUCCACAACCAGCUGGAACGUCGCAAAACUGGAGAAUCUGCUUGAUGUCCUUGGCACCAAGGUUCCUGGAGUCAACACUGCAUACCUCUACCUCGGAAUGUGGAAGGCGACAUUCGCAUGGCACUUGGAAGAUGUCGAUCUCUACUCCAUCAAUUAUAUCCACUUCGGAGCUCCCAAACAAUGGUACAGUAUCUCGCAAGAGGAUGCCCGGAAGUUUGAAAAUGCCAUGAAAAGCGUCUGGCCAAACGAUGCGAAGAAUUGCAGCCAAUUUUUGCGACACAAAACAUAUCUCAUCUCACCUCAGCGUCUUGAGAGUGAGUUCGGGAUUAAGGUCAACAAGCUCGUUCACUAUGAGGGUGAGUUUGUAUUGACCUAUCCUUAUGGAUACCACUCGGGAUACAACAUUGGGUAUAACUGCGCGGAAUCCGUCAAUUUCGCUACCGAGGCGUGGCUUGAGUACGGCAGAAUUGCAAAGAAAUGCGACUGCGAGAGCGACAGCGUUUGGGUUGACGUCGCGGAAAUCGAGCGUAAACUUCGUGGCGAGCCGACCCCCGAGUACAUCGAAGAGACCGACGAAGAUGACGACGAAGACGAUACCGAGGAAGCUGGACAUGACCUUCCUAGCCCGCCUUCUAGCAUCAAGGGCAAGCCAAAGGGACCUUCCAGGAAGAGGAAGAGGGAGACCGGAGACAAGGCCACCGAAGGAAAGGUCAAGCGCGUCAAGCUUCGCCUCAGAGUACCAAAGGAAGAGCCUUGUGUCCUCUGCCCGAACGAUGUGGCAUUCGAUGUCCUACUCCCGACCGACAACGGCCAGAAGGCUCAUCGUCUCUGUGCCUUAUACACUCCGGAAACGUACAUCAUCGAGGAAAAUGGCGUAGAGCGUGUCUGCAAUGUGGCCAACAUCGACAAAGCUCGCCUGGAACUCAAGUGCAACUACUGCCGUUCGAAACGCGGUGCCUGCUUCCAGUGUGCCGCGAAGAAAUGCAUUCGGGCCUUCCACGCCACCUGCGCAGCAGCAGCUGGUGUGCAGAUCGACGAAGGCCCUGUGCCGACAUUCGAUGAGGAUGGCACCGAGUACUACUGUGACGGUUUCGACCUUCGGUGCCGCUUCCAUCGUGCUAAGCGGCCCAAGUACACUGAUGUCGACUCGCUAGAGAACAACAAGCUCAUCCCCGAUUUUGCCAAGUCUCUUGAGCCGAAGCAAGUUGUUCAGGCGCAGUACAUUGGCGGUGAAAUCUUCGCUGGUAUUGUCGUCGAGAACAGACCCGAAGAAUUAAGCGUCAUCAUCGACGUCCUGCCAACAAGUUUCGAGAGAGUUGAGGUUGAGUGGAAAUACCUUUUGGUGCUCGACCCCGCACAGUCACUUCGCCCGAAGCCUUCUCCGAACGCGAAACCCCUUCCGGAGCAUCUUAACCAGGCCUCGUCUACACUCAAUGCAAAGAACCAGAAAGAUGGGCCACCGGAGAUGGACACACCUUUCUGUGAUGCAAAUGCCGAGUUCAGAUGGGCAGAAUUCCACACUGCCACUGCGGCAGAAGUCAAGAACCCUUUGCAGGCCAAGGUCGGCAUUACUAUGCCUCAUCAGCUCUGGCACUAUCUUGGGAAGACAUCGACGGAAGCGAAGGCUCAGUACACCGAGGAUCUGAGGAAGCAGCAGCACAACCCGAAGAGUAAUUUCUUGGACACUGUGAAGCCGCCCCCACGAUCUAUGCAAACUUACCAGUCUCGAGCUAUCGGACCUGCCUAUUCCUCUGGGGUGAACAUCAACGCUCUAAACGGGGCCAUGGCUGCGCAGAGACAGUCGAUGCAGCCUCAUUAUGGACAGAAGCCGUACGAGUACAAGCCGCGGUCAGGUCCAGCUUACACUGCUCAGCACACACCCUACCCUCUUUACUCGUACAAUAGCCAGCCGGUCGGCAGGAACGGGCCCUUCUCACAUUCUCCACUUCCUCCCUAUCCUUAUCCUCCCAACUCCUACCAAGAUGCUCGAAAGCCGUCUGCUGGUUCUGCACACUCGCCGCCAUCACAAACUCCUCCCCAUCCACAAAACUACGUGCCUCCGUACCACCAAACGACGGCUCAUUCGCCAUAUUCGAGCAUUUACGGCGAUCCACGGACGGGCCAACCGGUACACUACCCCAACUACCAUCGCCCUUCGUUUUCCACCCCCUACCAGCAUCCAAUGCGUCCAGCAGCUGCAUCUCCUCCGGCUGCUGGCUCGGCUGUUUCAGCGACUUCUAUGUCACCGACUGCACAUAGCAGUUCGCCGGCAGUUCGCUCAGAUUCGAUUUCAUCGACAAGCUCAAAGUCACCCGACCUGGAGUACUUACAAUUCUUGCAGAGAUUUCCCUAUCUGCUCAACUCCUACCUCCGUAGACCUAAGGUAUACGAGUCGCCGUACCCUGGGACGAGUGGGUUCUCUGAAGCGUACAACCCUCGCCGCAUCACAGCCGAGAAGCAGGCGCAGCGUCAAGCUCCAGCGCACGCGCAGGCCCAGUGGGGCUAUCCGGGUGCCAAUGGGUACGGCGGCAGCCAGCAGCCCUAUGGCUAUCAGCAGCCGUAUGCACCCGGCCACCCACAUAGUCACCCACCGGGUCACCCACCUGCACAGAACACGCGCCCAGGACUGAUGUUCCAAAGCGCGCAGGACUUCCGAGCUGAUGUAAACAGAACCCAAGCGUCGCAGAUGAGCAAUGUGCCCAAGUUCGAAAUGUUAAUCCAGCAGCUUUCACAGGCGAACGAGACUGCCGCACGGCGCUUCGCCGCUCGAACCCAGGCUCAUCAGGCUCAACAGCAGCAAGAGCCGCAACCCCCUCCAUCCCAACCCCAAGUCCAAUAUCACCACCCACCACCGACAACGUUGGCGGCGGCGGCGGCGGCGGCGGCGGCGGUAGCAGCAGCGUCUCAUCAUCAUCAAGCGGGUCAACAAGAGCGGCAAGUCGCAUCACCACCACCCAUCGCCACACCUCUCGGCGGCUACACCGGGCCUUCUAACACCCGCGGCUAUAGACCUGGCUACGGCUACGACAGCGGCGCCUUCGGCCCCGACACCCAGACCAAGGUGCCCUCGCCCUUCAACAAGGCCGUCACCCCGCACAACCACCACGACGCUCCCGCUCCCGCUCCCGCGCCCACCACACCACCUGCCAUCGCCCCUCCGGCGACGCCGGCGCGGCAGCAGUCGAAAACGACAACGACAGCGACAACCACCACCGCUACCGCUACUACUACUGCUACUGGAGAAGAAGGUGGCGGCAGCGGCGAUGCUGCGGAAUCCGCGAUCCGCUCGCCGCAGCGCCCCGCCGUCAGUCCGCUGAGCGACGCGGGCGAUGCAGACGUCGCCGCCAUCGUAAGGAUGGCGGACUCGACGAUGAUGAUGUCUCCUUUACCGCCACCGGCGACCAAUGCGGCGGCGACGGCAGCAUCGGCGGCGGCGGCGGCGGCUGUUUCGCUACCGAUGGAGGCAGCGGCAGUAGCAGCACCACCACCACCACCACCGGCGGCUGCGUCAUCGGGUGGUGGUGAUAAUGGGAGUGGGAGUGGGAAGGAGACGUGGCGGUAUACUUGA